GCCACAGGCGGCGAUCCCCCGGGUGGAUCCCAGAUACGCGGGGCUUCGCAGGAAGGUGCGUUUCGAUACCAAGGAAGAAAAGGGUGAAAGGCAAGUAGCCGAGGCUGCAUCGUCAGCGAGUAAUGAGCUGGUCGCCGGGGCGGCUUUGGGAGUAAGAAGAAAAGGGUUUUGGGGUCGGUUCCCGGAUCGUCGGAUGAGAGUCCGACUGUGUCUUGCUAUCUCCGCUAUGCUUGUUAUUUUGGGCUUCACUUCCCUACUUCAGAAGAACUUCGCUCUGAAUAAACAGGUUAAUAUGUUGCAGGACCAACUUUCUAGGCAGAAAACAAGAUUACAGGAAUGUAAUCUUUUGGAUCCGGAAAAUUAUAUUGAAGCUGUGCCUGCAGAAACUAACCAUCUUCUACAAAAAAGUCUAAAACAUUCUGCUCUGUUUGCUUCGCUUGCCAUAAUAAGUUUUCCGCUCAUUAUUCUUCGACAUCUUGAUAAAAUUUCAAAAUUCCGGAAAUCAUCGGAUUCUGAAGAAAUUUCUCUUAACAAGCAGCUAGCAUAUAAGGUUGAUGUAUUUUUAUCAGUCUAUCCAUUCUCUAAGCCACUGACUUUACUACUUGCAACUCUGCUGCUGCUAUGUCUUGGAGGCUUGGCACUCUUUGGGGUAACAGAUGGUAGUUUAGCAGACUGUAUGUGGUCAUCGUGGACUUACGUAGCGGAUUCAGGCAACCACGCAAAUUCCGUCGGCAUUGGUCCUAAGCUUGUGUCUGUUUCAAUAACUUUUGGAGGGAUGCUUAUAUUUGCUAUGAUGCUUGGGUUGGUUUCUGAUGCUAUCUCAGAAAAGUUUGAUUCUUUGAGGAAGGGUAGAAGUGAAGUGAUAGAGAAAAAUCACACUUUAAUCCUUGGUUGGAGUGACAAGUUGGGUUCUUUGCUGAACCAACUGGCAAUUGCCAAUGAGAAUCUGGGUGGUGGCAUUGUGGUCGUGAUGGCUGAACGUGACAAAGAGGAAAUGGAACUCGAUAUUGCUAAGAUGGAAUUUGACUUUAGGGGCACAUCUGUAAUAUGCAGAAGUGGAAGCCCUCUUAUUCUCGCAGAUCUUAAGAAGGUAUCAGUCUCUAAAGCUCAUGCUAUUAUAGUCCUGGCUGAAGAUGGAAAUGCUGACCUGAGUGAUGCGCGGGCGUUAAGGACUGUGUUGAGCUUAACCGGAGUUAAAGAAGGUUUAAAAGGUCACAUAGUGGUGGAAUUGAGUGAUAUAGACAACGAGGUCUUAGUAAAACUUGUCGGCGGAGAUCUUGUCGAGACAGUUGUUGCUCAUGAUGUUAUUGGUCGUUUGAUGAUUCAGUGUGCACGCCAGCCGGGCCUUGCUCAGAUUUGGGAAGACAUACUUGGAUUUGAAAACUGCGAGUUUUAUAUCAAAAAAUGGCCUCAGUUGUAUGGAAUGCAGUUUGAAGAGGUCCUCAUCAGCUUUCCUGAUGCAGUUCCCUGCGGAAUAAAGGUAGCAGCUCUUGGCGGAAAGAUCAUUUUGAAUCCUGAUGAUCACUAUGUUCUACAAGAGGAUGAUGAAGUUCUAGUUAUAGCAGAGGAUGACGAUACAUAUGCUCCAUCAGCAUUGCCCAUGGUCAAAGAAGCAGUAUACAUUAACUUUUUCCGGCCUACAAGAAAUGCACAGAAGAUUCUACUUUGUGGAUGGCGACGGGACAUAGAUGAUAUGAUUGUGGUGUUGGAUGCUUUUUUGGCGCCCGAAUCGGAGUUGUGGAUGUUCAACGAAGUUCCUGAGAGCGACAGAGAAAAAAAGUUAAUCGACGGCGGCCUUGAUUUUAUCCGACUCGAAAACAUCUCUCUCGUUCAUCGUGAAGGAAAUGCUGUCAUCCGGCGGCAUUUAGAGAGCCUGCCCUUGGAAUCAUUUGAUUCUAUUUUGAUUUUAGCUGAUGAAUCUGUGGAAGACUCUGCCAUUCAAGCCGAUUCUCGAUCACUUGCGACUUUAUUGUUAAUUAGAGAUAUCCAGGCGAAGCGUCUUCCUUACAAAGAAGCCAUGGUUUCUCAUUCCCAUCCUGGAAGCUUUUUUCAGUUUUCUUGGAUAGGAGAAAUGCAACAAGCUUCUGAUAAAUCAGUAAUAAUCAGUGAAAUUCUGGAUCCAAGAACAAAAAAUUUAUUGACUAUGUCCAAGAUAAGUGAUUAUGUUCUUUCAAAUGAAUUGGUGAGCAUGGCGUUAGCAAUGGUUGCUGAGGAUCGACAAAUAAAUGAUGUUUUGGAAGAGCUUUUUGCUGAGGAGGGAAAUGAGAUGCAGAUUCGAUCGUCGGAUCUCUAUCUUCGUGAAGAGGAAGAACUGAACUUCUAUGAAAUUAUUCUACGCGGACGACAGAGGAAGGAGAUCGUGAUCGGCUACAGGCUUGCCGACGCUGAGAGGGCCGUCAUCAACCCUCCGGCGAAAGAUGCCCGCCACAAGUGGUCUUAUAAGGAUGUUUUCAUUGUCAUAACUGUGAAGGAUUGAAGCAAGUCGAGCAAACUUUGCUUUGCAAAUUGAACAGUUACAUGAGAGGAAACAAUGGAGAAGAGAAGUGGGAAAGCAGUUCCUGAGGGCUGCUCUUAUACUUGUUCCGAAAAUAUGAAGGAGAAGAUUCAUCUGUUGCUGAUAUUGUAAAGUUCCGACAAUAAUUCUAAUUUAUUUACAUGUCUCACCUCUAAAAUUUUAUAUUUACAUACAUAGUACUUCGAUGUUUUAAACCUAUGUAUGAUAAAGAUGCAUUCACUUUUGAAAAGAUUUAAGUGCUAUGUGCGUAAAUAUGAAAGUUUAAUUGUGAGAUAUGUAAAUACAUGAGAAAUGUGUGAUAUGCAUGUAAAUGCCACGGGUUUUUUCUUAUUAUUAAUUUGAGAUAAUUAAAUGCAUGUCACUCAAAAUAUUGAUAUUUAUAAAAUUGGUGCUCAUGUGAUUUUUUUGUAGUACUGAACCGUUGUAUCUCGCAACGUCACGGUCAAAAUAUGAUAAACAUGUAAAAUAUGGGGUUUUAUUGUGAAUUUUGAUAUUUGAGAUGAAAGG